AUUUCCAUUUUCCUUGGCCUGAUUGAUAUCUAGUGCAUAGCAUUUCGAACUUUCAACAGGUACAGAGUUGUGUCACGAACGGCUACCUGCACCAUGGAUGUACCUAUCUCAACCGCUGGUCUCGACCUGUCCCUGAAUAAGGAAGAGGGACCGAUCAAGUACUUCAGCUGGCCACAGCAUGAUGCAUUGCAAAGCUUUCUUCCUACUCUGCACCCGUACCUUCCAUACAGCAACCCUCUUUACAACCGCAUGAAAGCACCGCAUAAUCUCCCCUCAAGACAUUGUCUUUUCGCUGCAACAUUCUCGCCCGGGACAACAACCAUACCAAAGAUCUUCACGAUUUUGUUUGCAGAUCGCUCUCGACAUGAAGAAUCCCAGAUAUGGACGUUCAAUUCGUUGAACAGCACCACCAAGCCAUUGACGGCAUCCCAACAAGAAUCCCUGACAAUGCAUAUGAAUGCCGCUGUCCGUUUUCUCAAAGAAUCGUCAAUACCAGAAGCUCCGGGGUGGCCAUUCUCACCGAUUCUGAAGUUUGCUUGCCUGCAUGAGCAUCUGACUUCAACACUUGUGGCAAUCGGGAAUCCGAGUAACGCAGUGCCACGCCAAAGUCACUGGAAUUGCUGGCUGGUAAACACAUCCACCAUCUCCCCCGCAUCUGAGAAGGCGUUAUCAGAAGGAUACACAAUCACACGGGUUCCAGAUGACCAACUGGACAUUGUCAUAUCCACAUCUUCCAUUCCUCGGCAACCUUCCACGUAUAAGCUCCUUCCAAGCGUCGGAGUUCUAGAUCCCAACGAUAAGUUGAUUGCUUGGGGCUAUGUUGGAAUUGAUGGGUCGUUUGCAACCUUGUAUGUUCUCCCCGACUUCAGGGGCAGAGGAAUUUCUAGCAUCAUAGGCAGGGAAUUGCUGAGUCGACUGAACAAUGGAGACUUCUCCGACAUGGGGUAUGAUGGGAAGAGUGGAUGGGUGCAUUCUGAUGUCUAUGACGGAAACGCAGGGAGCGAGGCUGUGAUGCGCGGCUUGGGAGGAUUCAUUGCCUGGAAAAGCAGUUAUGUCUGGAUUGAUAGUGCCAGACUUUGACAUCAAUUCUAGGUUUCCUACAAGCCUUGGUACAACUGCCCCGCAGGCCUUCCUCCGCCUCUCUUUUACCACAACCUC